CGUUAUCUUCAAUACGACGACGUUUCAAAUUUCUCAUCACCACUUCUGCAAAACCUAUAUUUCACUCUUCUCUUAAAACGACACCGUUAUGUCUUCAAUUCAAGCCAAUCUUGUUCCCAAUUUGUCCUUCAAUCACUUUCAGACAUCAACACACUUGGUGGGUGUUGGAAAUUUACAAUGUAGAGUUGAUUUGAGAAAAUCAAGAAGGAAGUUACCUUCAUAUAGUUGCAUAAGGUGUGAAAAGAAAGACGAAGUUAACAAAGAUGAAGAAAAGAAAGAUGAAGUUAUUGAUUAUGUGACGGUUGAACGGCCGCCUUAUUAUAGUUACAUGGAUUCAACUUCCGGUCAGCUUGAGCCUGCCUCGGGUGCUAGGGCAAGUAUUCCGGAAGUUGAGUAUUGGCCUGAAGGAACUGUCGAGCAAGUUAGGGCUGCUAGGGCGCCUACUCCGAUGGGAGACUCGUUAGGGUCUCCGUCUUAUGGGAGUAAUCCUGGUAGUAGGAGGAAGAGUUAUAGGACGUCGGUUUCUGGUUCUUCUGAUGAGGUCAAUGUUGAGGGGAAUGACACCAGUCCUGAGGUUUUGGUUGAACAACCUCAGGAAGAUUUGGAGGAGUUCUCGUCGGAUUAUGUUGUUUAUCAGUCUGAGCCGGAAGAAGAGGAUACUGGGUACAAACUUGAUAAGAAAAUUGGAGCUCCUCAUCCGUUUAUUGAUCCGAAAGUUAAAAAGCCGAUAGAGGGGACACUUAUGAGUGAGGAAUUGUGGUGGAAUUGGAGAAAGCCGGAGAAAGAACAAUGGUCUAGAUGGCAAAGGAGGAGACCUGACACUGAAACGGUUUUCUUGAAAGCUAUGGCAGAAACUGGACAAGUAAAGAUUUAUGGUGAAGAACCAACAUUAACAGAAACUGCUCUUUACCGAGCCAGACGGCAUCUUUAUAAGGAAGAAAGGCUUGAGGCUGAGCAAGAAAAGCUGGAAAGGAUUGGUCCAGUGGCAUACUAUUCAGAAUGGGUAAAGGCAUGGAAGGGAGAUACAUCUCGUGAAGCUAUUCAGAAGCAUUUUGAAGAAACCGGUGAAGAUGAAAAUGCUCAACUAAUUGAAAUGUUUUCCCACCAAACUGACGGAGAGUAUCGCAUAAUGAUGGGGACUGAUAUUCGCAUCCAGAGGGAUCCUUUAGCAAUGCGAAUGAGAGAGGAUCAGAUAAAGCAAAUAUGGGGUGGAGAUCCAGUAUACCCAACUGUGAACUAUAUUCAAGAUCCAGACGAAGUAAUUGACUACAGGGGACCAGAUUUUCACGAACCAACACCAAAUAUGCUUUCUUUUCUGAAAGAGCAUGGAAAGAUCAUUUCAAGGGAGGAGCUAGAAAAGCUUCUGGAAGAGCAAAAGACCGAACAAGUUGAGGUGACAGACAUCGAUGAAGCUAUGGCUAAAGCAGUUGAUAUUGGUGAAAAUGACGAUGAAGAGGAUAGUGAUACUGAUGUUGAAGAGAUAGUAGGAGAGGAAGAGGAAGAGGUGGAAGCAGAGGGAGAUGAAGAAGAAGAAGAAGACGAAUCGAAGAUUAAUCGUAAUUGGAGUGUUUUGAAAACUACUCCCCAGCUUCGCAAAUCAAAGCCAAAACCAAAGAAAGAAGGUCCCAUGACACUGGAUGAGGCUCUAGGCGAUUCUGAGAACUUGACUGAUUUCCUCUUGGAUUUUGAAGAAGAAUGACACACCUCCUUGUGAAGCGCGUGUUCCAAGAAAAGCGUGAUACGACAGCAGUAGACCUGCAUGUUCCGUUGCAGACACUAGACAGGACAGGGAAAAUGAUAGCAUGUAAGUAAUCUGUCAAAUUAUGGAACUAUUACAACUUAUUUUAAGCAUUUUGAGCUAGAGUUGAGUUCCCACUAUUAGUAACAAUCCCUUAUGUAGUUGUUGACAACAAUUUUGAUACCUCAUUCAUGUGGAACUUAGAAGACCAAUUAACUAGGUGAAUAAUGUAGUUCCAAUAUACUAAAUGUGUGUUGGUUGAUCCAUAUUGUAAUUUUGGUGCAAACUAGAAUCUAGCAUACUCUUUCUCAAGUAGUUUGUGUCCUCAUUUGCUGGGAAUUUAGGACUUAGCGUACUUGUAAGGUGUAAACUCUCUGCUGUGAAAGCGAUUGCGCUGUUUUAUUUAGAAAAUUUUAAUAUUUUUCGA